AUGACAGAUCCCCUGUCUUUGCUACGAGAAUUUAAUAUCAAAAAGAAAAAGGUAUACGUGGAUGGCACUCACUUAGUUUUUGGAAACUUAACCUGUCCCAGGUCCACAGAGACAAACUUUAAGCAACAAUCGCGUUCCAAAUAUUACACAAUUGAGUCUAUAUGGUUUUUUUUAAAAAAUAUUGAUGUCCCUCACUUAAAAUACGUUCUUCUGGCAUCUAACGAAAAAAUUAAUCCAGUUAGUCUUCCGGACAGAAAUUUACUUGCCCAAUAUUUAAGAGGGCAGAUUUCUACUUGUAAAAGUAUUGAUCCCAAUAAAUUUCCGGGAGUGCUAACGAAAGUUUAUAAGAGACAAUCAAAAGAUUUAACCGAGAUUUCGGAGCCUCAGGCCCCAUCUCAGAAACUUCUAAAGGAAAAAUUUUCACUUAUUGAACAAUCAGAGGAUCAAUCAGUUAGCACCGUUAAACCACUUAGUGAAAAGUUAACAGCAGAGAAAAUCUUAGAGCUUAAGGCUCACCGGCAGGCUCGAAAGCAGUUAACUGGCGGGAAGACGGAUGCAGAGGACUUAACAAUAGGGUCUAGUUUUAUACAAACGGACGCCUCAAUUUCGCAGAGGAUCAUAUCUCUGGAGCGCUCUUUUCACACUCGCGAUUCUGUUAUGAUGGCGCAAAGUUUGUUAGCGGUUUGAUAAAGAUCUCCUUCCAUUCCGGAAAAACCAACUGAAGGCAGAACCUGCGCCCCUCGCUGAAACCUGGAGUCUUAGC